AUGUUGACCACCGGCCUUCUUACCCUCCCCACCUUCAUACUACCAGGGCUUCUAGUGCAGGGCCUCAGGUUCGACCCAGCAUACGAAGGGUACAAUCUCAACGAAAACCCUGAUGCGGAGAAUCCUUUAGACUACUGGGGAGAAUGGGAGGAUCACACUUACAAUCCAUCGCCGGAAAGCUGGCGGUUCCCAUUCUAUACACUCUUUCUUGACAGAUUUGUCAAUGGGGAUCCCACGAACGACAACGCUAAUGGCACACUUUACGAGCAAGACAUCAUGAGCACACAGCUCCGACACGGCGGCGACCUCCAAGGUUUGGUCGAUAGUCUUGACUACAUCCAGGGCAUGGGUGUCAGGGGUCUCUACAUUGCUGGCUCCCCUUUCAUCAAUCAGCCCUGGGUACCAGAUUCAUAUUCUGUAAAGCCACUUGACCACACAUUGCUUGAUUUUCACUAUGGUAACAUCACCGAAUGGCGUUAUGCGAUUACCGAAAUACACAAACGGGGAAUGUACAUAUUGUUGGAUAAUACAGUUGCCACUAUGGGUGACCUCAUCGGCUUUGAUGGCUACCUGAAUGAAUCCACACCUUUCAAAACAGAUGAGCAUGCUGUCAUGUGGAAAGGCCACAGGAGAUAUCACGACUUCAAUUUCGGCGUCGACUACAACGAGACUUGCGAUUUUCCCAGACUGUGGGACGAAAAAGGAUACUUGGUUGGUCCUGAAGUCACGAGCCAAUUCAAAGGUUGCUACAACGGCGACUUCGAUCAGUUCGGUGACACGGAAGCCUUUGGUGUGUUUCCAGACUACCGCCGUCAACUCACCAAGUUCGCCAGUGUUCAAGACCGACUUCGAGAAUGGGUGCCAUCCGUCCAAGCUCGAAUCUCGCACUUCUCGUGCAUAGCCAUCGCCAUGCUCGAUAUCGACGGUUUUCGAUACGAUAAGGCUACUCAGGUCACCCUCGACGCAUCGGGUCACUUUUCAUCUCAUCUCCGAGCUUGCGCCCGUCGACUGGGAAAGGAGAACUUCUUCCUGCCUGGCGAAAUCACCGGCGGCAACACGUUCGGCAGUUUGUACGUUGGCCGCGGGCGACAGCCGGACCAGUACGUCAAGGACUUGACCAGUGCGGCGUCCGUGACUAACGAGUCAACCAACGUCAAGUUCCUGCGGGACGAAAACCAGGGAGCACUCGACGCAGCUGCGUUCCAUUACUCCAUCUACCGCUCACUGACCCGGUUCUUGGGUAUGGAUGGCAACUUGGAGGCCGGCUUUGACUUGCCUCAUAAUUGGGUCGAUGCUUGGAACCAGAUGAUGCUGUCCAACGAUUUUCUGAACCCCAAUACAGGUUUAGUCGAUCCGCGGCAUAUGUUUGGCGUGACAAACCAGGAUGUCUUCCGAUGGCCGGGUAUUCAACAGGGUAUCGAGCGAAUGCUUCUCGGUCAAUUCAUCACCACCUUGCACAUGCCUGGCAUUCCGCUUCUGCUCUGGGGCGAAGAACAAGCCUACUACCUGCUGGAUUCAACAGCAGACAAUUACAUCUACGGAAGACAGUCGAUGAGCUCCUCGCCCGCUUGGGAAGCGCAUGGAUGUUAUAAGGGAGGCAGCGACCAGUACUACCGCAUGCCACUCGAUUCAGCACGACGUGGGUGCCAGGACCCGAAGAACUCGUGGGAUCAUCGAGACCCGAGUCACCCCAUUCGAAAUAUCAUCAAAGCUAUGUACAGGAUGAGACUCGACUUCCCAACUCUACGAGACGGCUUAGCCUUACAGCAGCUUUCCAACCAGACCGAGAUGAUCCAGUACCCCGGUAGUAGCGGCGUCCAGACGGAGACUGGUUUGUGGAGUGUGGUGCGAUCCGAGGUGUCGGGGGUGCAGUCUCUCGGCUCGAUCCCCGUCUGGCUAGUGUACCACAACCGCAACGAGUCGACUCAGUACACCUUCGACUGCUCAUCAGACACGGAAGCGCUGAUAUCCCCCUAUUCGUCAGGAAUUUCAGUCAAGAACCUCUUCUUCCCCCACGACGAGCUGAUGCUGGUUAAGUCGCCCAAGAAGCUUGGACUCAACGGGUCCGAGGACAUCAAUGGCUGCAGUCCCACUGUGAACAUGCUGCCGUAUGAGUUCAAGGCCUACGUACCCACAAAGUUCUUCGUUCCUCCCCCGGCCAUGAUAACCAAAUUCCUGCCCGGCCAUGAUUUUCGGAUUCCUUCUCAGGGACAGAUCAUGACGGUGAAAAUCGAGUUCCACGCCUCUGCAGGCAUGGACUGCGACAGAUUCACCGACGUCAUUGAAUUCAACUCCAUCACCUCUAGCUUAGCGGUGCCCCAGAUCGACAAAUCUACCAUAGUCUGUAACAACAUGUCCAAAGAAAACGUUGAACGAUCCCCUUAUGUCGGCGCCGUUGCCUCCGCUUGGAGCUGGUCUGCAGAUGUGACUAAUUUUGCAGACGGCAUCCACGAGAUCACAGUCCGCAACGCGACGACCAUUGACUUGGGUUCUUUCACCAACUCAGUGGAUCGCUUCCUGCUCCGAAUCGGGACGGCUGACAACCCCCUCGUCUUUCCCUCGACCGGAAAUUAUUCGUCGAGUCUUCUGAUGAAAGACGGGUCCGGCACAUACUCGGUCAACCACAACGCCCCCGGUGCUAGCAAGUGGAGGUACUCUCUCAACUGGGCAUCUACGUGGAGUGACUGGAUGGAUUACAAGCAGGGCCACGCGGCGAUUGAGCGCCAGGAGUGGUCUGGCACCAAUACGCAAUCAUGGCCAGGCCACCACGUCAUUGUUCAGUACUGGAGCCAGCUUCUGGGCAGCAGCAGUUUCGUUCAACACGGGGAUUUCAGCUUCAAGACUCCUCGGCGAUUUCCACACCUCUUUGCCAACGGCCCUUUCAAUCAGUUCGGUUUCGAUGCCGGACUUCGGAAUGAAUUGACACUCGUGUCGGCCUCCCAGUGGGAAUGGCAUUUCAUGGAUGAAUGGCCGAGUCGCUUUCAGCUCAAUGUCUGGGGCAUGAAUCCCGACAUGCAACCAGACCAGUCCUUUGUGUAUGGCGACAUCGAUGGCGAUUUCGUCCUCGACCGCCUACCCCCUUCGAGCUUGGUCGAGAGCGCUGUCAAUGUCACCGACGUCCCUCCAUCACCAUACCUCUCCUAUCGCCUAGUUCUCAACGACGGUGCACUACGCUUUGACAUGGUGCCUGCAGGAAAUCGAUGGGUACAGCUAGCGCUGUACAUACUGCUGUGGAUCUUCCCCCUAAUCACAGGAUGCAUAACCAUCCUCGCCUUCCGGGGUUCAUUCUACAAGGUCAAGUUCGUCGAACGGGGUCUGAACGGCGUCAAAUCCACGUUCCGUUCCUACGCCCGCAAGACGAUUCAGGCCAUGACGCCGCGUGUCCACUUCGGAACCUGCAAGUGCGAUAGUGGCAAAUGCGCCACCAACGUUGCCGAGACGGAGAAGAGGCGCAUGGUGCUUAUCGGGACCAUGGAGUACAACAUCGACGAUUGGAAUAUCCGCAUCAAAAUUGGCGGCCUUGGUGUGAUGGCUCAGUUAAUGGGGAAGUCGCUGACGCAUCAGGAUCUCAUUUGGGUCGUGCCUUGCGUUGGGGGGAUUGAGUACCCCAUUGACGAGGUGACCGACUCCAUGUUCGUUGUCAUCCUGGGCAAGCGAUAUGAGAUCAAGGUGCAGUAUCAUAAGGUCGAGAAUAUCACCUACGUGCUGCUUGAUGCGCCUGUGUUCAGGAAACAGAGCAAGGCUGAGCCGUAUCCGCCGCGCAUGGACGACCUCGAGAGUGCCAUCUACUAUUCCGCUUGGAAUCAGUGCAUUGCUCAAGCGGCCCAACGAUUCCCCAUCGACCUGUAUCACAUCAACGACUACCACGGCGCCGCUGCUCCCUUGUACCUGCUUCCCAAAACCAUCCCCUGCGCCCUAUCACUACACAAUGCCGAAUUCCAAGGCAUGUGGCCCAUGAGAACCCCAGCAGAAACCAAAGAGGUCUGCGAAGUGUACAAUCUCGACCCGGACGUCGUAGCCAAAUACGUGCAAUACGGAUCAGUGUUCAACCUGCUGCACGCCGGAGCCAGCUAUCUCCGCGUGCAUCAAGACGGCUUCGGCGCCGUCGGCGUCUCGAAAAAGUAUGGCGACCGGUCCUUCGCCCGCUACCCUAUCUUCUGGGGCCUGACCAAAAUUGGCCAGCUUCCCAAUCCCGAUCCUACAGACACGGCCGCCUGGGACAAAGACGCAUUCUUGCAGGAGACCAACGUCAAGAUAGACAAUAACUUCGAGGCCGGUAGAGCGGGCCUGAGACGACAGGCGCAGGAGUGGGCCGGACUGGAAGUCAACCCCGAGGCGGAACUCUUCGUUUUCGUCGGGCGGUGGUCAUUGCAGAAGGGGAUUGACCUCAUCGCUGACAUAUUCCCAUCGGUGCUCGAACAGUUCCCUGAGACGCAACUCAUCUGCGUGGGGCCGGUAAUUGAUCUCUACGGCAAGUUCGCGGCGCUCAAGUUGUCAAAACUAAUGGAAAAGUAUCCCGAACGAGUCUUCAGCAAGCCGGAAUUCACGGCACUGCCACCUUGUAUAUUUAGCGGAGCAGAGUUCGCCUUGAUUCCCUCCCGGGAUGAACCAUUUGGCCUGGUGGCUGUUGAAUUCGGGCGAAAGGGGGCACUCGGCGUUGGGGCCCGUGUUGGCGGGCUUGGUCAAAUGCCAGGAUGGUGGUUCACGGUUGAAUCCAUGGCGGCUGCGCAUUUGCUAGCCCAAUUUCGGGAGGCAAUUGUGUCGGCGUUGGCAACCAAGGUGAAGACUCGCGCCAUGAUGCGUGCGUGGUCGGCGAAACAGCGGUUCCCCGUGGCCCAAUGGCUCGAGAAGCUUGAUGAACUGCAGUCAACUGCCAUCAAAGUCCACGAGAAGCCCAAGAAGCGCCCGAAGAAGUUUGGAAUUUUAGCGCAUGCCCAUUUCGCUGACGAGUGCGGCCAAGUGGUGCCGACCGUGGAUGUUCAUGACUACGGAGAUGAAGAUAGGCCAGGCAGCGACUUGUCAGGAUACUUAACACCUCAGUCUAGACCAGGAACACCCGAAUCGGACUCGGAGUCGGAUUUCGAUCUCAUGACACCCGCAUCUGUCCCGGUCACACCCGGUCUUACAAUAUCCAUGCCUACUUCGGGUCUGGCCACACCAGCCGACGAGCUGGUUACACCACCCUUGACCCCGGGCCAGCAAAACUUGUACCUGUCUCCCACCAUAGCAGAAACUCAUGAUGGCCAUGUCCACUCCGGCCGAACAUCCGCCCUCAGCCUGCAGGAUGUUGUCGGCGACCGCAGCGACUUCAAUCUUCUCAAGGUGGACCCCUUCUUCACCGACUCGCGCGGUGAGUUCUACGACGCUUUCGACAAAAUGCUGCAGAGCCUCAACUCGCACAACUCCACCACGGAGCUCUGCAUCGAGGACUACCUCGUCAAGAGCGAGAAGGAGUGGUUCACCAACUACCGCAACGCCAAGCUGGGAAGACUUCCGGGGCCUCCGCCUGUCGCUCCUCCACCGUGCACCAGUUGCGGCUGCGGAGGCGACAAACACAAGCAGAAGCCCAAGAAGCUAUGGGCUAAUAUUACCGACAAGAUCGAGCCGGCUGAUAAGGAGUACUUUGGCCUGGCGGAUGAUUACAAGCCGCCCAGUGGGUUGAAGAAACACCUCCAACGCCGCGUCUGGGACUGGCCCAUCUACGGUAUCCUUCUCGCCAUUGGCCAAAUCAUCUCCUCCAACUCCUACCAAAUCACCCUCCUCACCGGCGAACUGGGACAAACCGCCACCAAACUCUACGUCAUCGCCACCAUCUACCUUAUUAGCACCAUAGUCUGGUACGUCCUCUCCCGGACGUGUAAAUCCCUCUACGUGCUCUGCGUCCCCUUCUUCAUCUACGGGUUCGCCUUCUUUAUCCUGGGCUUGUCCCCCUUCGCUUCAUCAUAUGCAAGCAGGGGCUCGAUGCAAAACGUAGCAACCGGGUUCUACGCAGUAGCUUCGUCCAGUGGCGGAUUAGCUUUCGCUCUCAAUUUCGGCGACGAAGGUGGUUCCCCCCUCACAGUGUGGAUCCUCCGCGCUACCGUCAUCCAGGGCUUCCAGCAAGUCUACGCCAUCAUGCUCUGGUAUUGGGGCAGUCUGAUCUCGUCGGCCAGCGCAGCGGGGUAUAGGCAGAAAUUCAGUCUCGCCACCUCGCCUGCCCUUUUGGGAGUCUGUUUCCCCAUCUCCAUGGCCCUCUGGGCCACAGGCGUAGUGCUUUUCGCCGGACUGCCGGAUUACUACCGCGAGACGCCAGGCGCGCUUCCUAUGCUGUGGCGCUCUCUGCUGAAGAGGCGCACGGUUAUGUGGUAUUUCUUCGCGGUUGUGAUUCAGAACUAUUUUCUCUCCGCCCCGUAUGGUAGGAAUUGGUUCUUCUUGUUUAGCUCGCAGCAUGUGCCCACGUGGGCGAUUGCCUUGCUCGCACUAGCUUUCUUUGGGGUGGGGUGGGUCGUGGUGUUGAAAUUGUUGUCCAUGGCUAGCCGUAGUCACUCGUGGCUUUUCCCACUGUUCGCUGUGGGAUUGGGAGCACCGCGUUGGGCGCAGAUGCUUUGGGGCACGUCAGGGGUUGGACUAUACCUCCCCUGGACUGGAAGUGCUGUAUCGUCUGCACUUACCAGUAGGGCGCUUUGGUUGUGGCUUGGACUGCUUGAUGGAAUCCAAGGAGCAGGAAUUGGCAUGAUCCUUAUGCUGGUUCUUACUCGUGCUCACGUCGCGGCGGCUAUUGUAGCCGCACAGGUCAUCGGUAGCGUCGCGACGAUGGUUGGAAGAGCUUCGGCGCCUGAUAAUCUUGGGCCGGGGGAUGUGUUCCCUGACUUCUCUGAGGGCGCCGGAAUUGCGGCUUCAAAGGGUUGGUUCUGGGUUGUCAUGUUGGCUCAGCUGGUGCUAUGUGUUGGGUUCUUCAAGUUCUUUCGCAAGGAACAAGUUAGUAAGCCUUAG